AUGACGUUUCGGAAACUUGGAAUCUCGCCAAACUCUGAAGUCACGAAGGGCGCCAUAGAAAUGCAAGUCUUAGUAUCAAGUUGAAUUGUUUUCGGAGGCGGGAAUUUGCCUUAGCAAAGGGCUUGAAUCCCUGUGGACGGAGGAAGGGUCUCACCUUCUCAGAAUGCCCCCCCCGGGUAGGGGGCAGGGGUGUCUCUGCUUUCGUAUUACCAUUUAGUUUUGUUCGGUGUCACAGCCCUCGUCAGCAAACUGCGAAUCGGAGACAGGUCGGUUCCGGAUUUGUGGGCGUUUUUCUCGCGAAGUGGUAGUGUCCCGACCCUUGGGCUCAGAGGCCGGCGUUCAAGUACCGCCUGCACCCUGAGGUGUGUUUUUUUAAAAAAAAACCUUUGGAUCAGGUAGAAUAGCGCCAGCGACCCAGACAAGUGAGAGACUGAACUGAUGAAGCCUAGCAAAGUAUCUUAAUCAACCUAAGAAUUGGCAUUACAAGUUGCCUUAGCAUCUGUAGACGAACAAACUUCACAUCCAGUGAUGCACCCAAGAGAUUAGCUUCCAUUGUCAGAUCAGCCUAAAUGGAAUUGGAAGUAAAGUCAUAAUACAGGCUGGUUCCUUCAUGUUCCAUUAGGUUGAUCCCAGCUUGAUAUUAGGUGCAAUUAUGGCAGAAGAUUGUGAUCACAUUCCAUCUCUCGAUGAUUUGUUUAACAUUUUGUCUGAAGUCACUGAGCAAAGGUUGUUCAGCCUAUGGUAUAAGUUUUAUUCUAACAACUCAAGAACUUCAAAAGUCCAUCAACUACUUUAUAGCAUCAUAUCAUUCUUCUUGAAAAAGACAGAUGAGGCCGAGAGAGCAGCAAUGUUAGUGUUAAAUGAAAUGCCAAAUGACAGAUCGGCUUUGUACAUUCUCAACAAAAUUCGGGGUUUAGAAGGUGGUGCACAGCGAGAACAGAAAACAUCUGAAAUAUCAAAUGAAGAGUUUUCUGCAGAAGAUGGUAAUGUUCUCAGAGACCUGGCUUUGAUGCUUGCAUUGCUAGUGGAAGAAAAUUUGUGCAACUCUUCCAUGAGGAACCAAGCAUGCCAAGCUGCCAUCAAAGCAUUCAAGUCCAACAAUCAAAACCACAAAAUGGAUCUUCAGGAACUUAUUGAGGAAUUUAGGUGGCAGUUUGGUCCCAUGUCUUUUGAAGGUGAGGAGAAUGCUGAAGUAUCAGCUCUGAAGUCAACUGAAGAACAAAUUCCAAGUAUGAGAUCAACAAUUGAAUGCAGGACUAAUCCAGUAACUGUCCCGAGUAAACCAGCAACUGACUCACUGAACAAUUCAGAAAUUACGAUUCCCACUCACUUUGAAAUCAGUGCAUCUCCCACUGCAUCAUUCAUUUCCAAUUCACACAGGGACAACUUAAAUUCCCCAAUAGCAAACUCUGAAGAGAGUACUGUUAACCUCAGUCAUUCUAUGAAAAGACAAUUGAAUCUGUCUUCUGACAAAUCUUUGGGAGAGGUGAAGGUGACCAAUGGCAUUAGAGUUAAAUGUGUAAAACAGAAGAAUGUUCCUUCAGCUUGUCUAAUUGAAGGGUCUUCACAAACACAAGUGAAUGAAGUGAGACCAACAGAAUGUACAGGAGAAAGGAACAGUAGCCAGCUAGUUAGUUCAAAGUCAAAAAUGUCAGAAGACUGGGAGACAGGGAAUGAAGAACAUACCAAUUCCAUUUCACACGACCCUUCACUGGGAGCAACCAAGCUGCCAACAGGUGACCAGUCAAACUCCACUGAAACCACAUCUGGAAAAUUCAGUCCUUCAACACCUCCUCCUCCGGCAGAUGAGGAAAUCUUUGAGAAUAAAUUUUACUCUUUUGUUGUUUUGCAUGCCCGAGAAGAUGCGGAAAUUGCAGAAAAUGUUCAGUUGAGACUAGAAUCGUUAGUGAAAAUGGAGGGGGCAACGUUUUCUGAGGAAUUCUGUCUUCCAGGACGAUCUCCAAUAAAGUGUAUUGAAGAUGCAAUUAACAAUUCUGCAUUCACAAUCCUCCUCCUCACACACAAGUUUAACAGUCGCUGGGAAGAGUACAAGACCAAUAGUGUUCUGAUGCAUUCAAUUAGAAAUGAGCACAAGUACAACACAGUCAUUCCACUGCUACCGAAGAAGAGUCGGAUGUGUAAAAAUGACAUCCCUUUUGCACUGACUGCUAUCAAUAGUCUCGAUGAGAAUUCGAGACACUUUGAAAGACAUGUAAAAAAGACAUUUACUUGGAAUGUACUUGAGAGGCAUAAAAAGAGUUGGCUUCAAGAGCAAGAACGUAAACAGAUAGAAGAAAAAACAGCACAGGCCCAAAAAGACUAUCAAAGUGCCUUGAAAACUCUAUCAGCUAACUGGAAUUAUGUGCAGAUUUGUAGCCAACUUGCACAGAGUUAUCAUCACUUCCAAGCAACGCAUCCACCCCAUCCUGGACCUGCUGCAGUUAAUGGACAUGCACAGCCAGUGCUACACCCACCACCUUAUCCCAACCUCCCUGUAUUUCCUGGGUUUAAUAUUCCUCUAUCAUCUUUACCAAACCAGCCAAAUUUCAACCCGCAGCAUGCCAUGUACCAGAUUAUGCAACCACCCUUUCAGUUCAUUAACCCUAGCAAUAACCAAAAUGUAAAUGUCAGUAGUUCCACACAACAGCAAGGUCAAGGCACUAACAUAAUCCAGAUUCAGCAUGCCAAAAAUGUACAGAUAGGAGACUCUAACCAGAUGACAAUAACAGAUUUGACUGAGAGUUGUGAGAGCACAGAUGAUGAGGACAGAGAAAGUGAGCACAAUUAGAUGUCUUGCAACUUUUUUUUUCAUUGGAGAAAUCAAAGAUCUGUAGGAUUGUGGAUUCUAUUAAAUGUACCCUCUGAAAUGAAACUCAAUGUAACCACCCGGCAUGGCAGCUCAGCUGAUUACCAGUUUGCAGCUUCUCCCCAUGUGUGCAUUGGUUUCUGACAGGUCCUCUGGUUUCCUCCCAUGGUCCAGGGAUGUGCAGCUUAGGUGGAUUAGCUAUGAUAAAUGUAGGGUUACAGGGACAGGUUAGCACUGGGUCAGGGUGGGAUGCAGUUCGGAGGCUCAGUGCAGAUUCGAUUGGCUGAAUGAUCUCUUUCCACACUAUAGGGAUUCUGUGAUUCCAAAUGUAAAUUUUCUUUACCUUGGUGGUAACUGCUGUACAGAAACGUGACCGCUGACAAAGCAGAUCAUCUGUUUUUAUUAUAUGGUGUACUUUGCCACUCUGAGCUCAGUUCUCUGAUUCCCGCAAGGCUUUGACAGGAAAGCUACAAUUAGCCAUGAGUUGCUGCAGCUUAGUCAAUCUGCUCCUGUUUGCAACCCACUGACUCUGUGUCUGAUAAAUGUGUAUCAAAGUAGACAGUGUGGGGUGCUGAUCCUUUCCACAAUGCCACUGUCAGUCAAUGAAGCAGAAUGAUCAUUUGAUCUUUGGAAAGAAGAAAAUUACUGUCCAGCAGUGUUGAGACUUUAAUAUUGUACAGUAAUGAUGACUGAAUGCCUCAAUGGAAAAACAGCUGCUGAAAGAACUAAUAACAUUGUGAGGAAAAACAUUUUUUCUACACAUCCAGUCGUUAAAAUAUGAAUAACAUUUAUUGAGAAGGUUGUCAUGAACUAGUUGAACUGAAGCGUCUGUUUCCAUGCUGUAUGACUGUACGAGAAAGUGUGAAGAACCUUGCCAGUUGUAUCUAGUUUGCUUGUGACGGCCACAGUAGCUUUAUUUAAUUCCUAAAAUUGAACUACUUAAAAUGAUUAACUUAAUCCUUUUCUUGGGUUUUUCCCACUUCACCCUUGGUCAACAUUAUUACUGUGCAUUAACUCUUGUUUCAAGCCAAAUAUAUGCAUCGUAAAGUU